GUAAACCGGUGAAUAGUACGUUGAUCCUUCUUGGUGAUUCCUGUCCCAUUUUAUUCGACAUUUUUAUACCGUUUUCAAGCAUAAUACGUUACUUUUAAGUGAAACUGUAGGAAAUAAUUAUUUUCUAAUAUUCACAUCUUUUCAUUGCAAAUUUAUUGUAUUAUUUGUUUGAAAAGUCUUCCGUGCGAAUAAGUUAAUCGCAAAUCGUUUCUUGCGAAAAAAAGUUGACAAACAGAACAUCAAACGGUUGAUCAAUAUAUUAUUUAAAAUGAGUUCGAAUAUUUUAAUGAAGUUAUGCGGGACCAGAAUCCUGCAAAAUGUCGUUGUCGGUCAAAAACCGAAAUGGAUCACCGUCACCAGAUGUCUUAGCAUUACAAUGUCGCGCCUUAUGUUGAAGGAGUCGCCGAACGCGGCCCUAGAUAAGACCUUGCUGAGCAAGUACCUCGACCUACCCCAACCAGAAAAUACAGUUUUAGCAAAAUACAUCUGGAUUGAUGGUACCGGUGAAAACUUAAGAUGCAAGACUAGGACAGUCGAUUUUGUGCCGAAACACCCAUCAGAGUUGCCAAUCUGGACGUACGAUGGAAGUUCGACGUACCAAGCGGAUGGAGCAAAUAGUGAAAUUUAUCUAUGUCCGAUAGCGAUAUACAACGAUCCAUUUCGUCGUGGCAACAACAAACUUGUUCUCUGCGACACGUACUACAGCGACAUGACACCGACGACAGCGAACAAGCGUUACAAGGCGAACGAGGCAAUGGAAGCAGCGAAGGAUCACGAGCCGUGGUUCGGAAUUGAGCAGGAAUACACGUUCCUAGAUUUCGAUGGUAGGCCGCUUGGCUGGCCGAAGAACGGUUUCCCGGGUCCCCAAGGACCGUACUACUGCGGCGUUGGUGCCAAUAAAGUGAUUGGUCGUGAAAUCGUCGAAGCGCAUUACCGAGCUUGUCUGUAUGCCGGAGUGAAAAUCGCCGGAACGAACGCUGAAGUGAUGCCGUCUCAAUGGGAGUUCCAAGUUGGCCCCUGCGUUGGUAUAUCAGCCGGUGACGAUUUGUGGGUUGCCAGGUUUAUCCUGCACCAAGUGGCCGAGGAAUACGGUGUAAUCGUCACCUUGGAUCCCAAGCCCGUGGACGGUAUGUGGAAUGGCGCAGGUGCACACACGAACUUCUCGACGAAGGCAAUGCGCAACGAAAAUGGCAUCGCCGAAAUCGAAAAAGCCAUCGACAAGUUGAGCAAGCAACACCUCAGGCAUAUCCAAGCGUACGACCCACGUGGAGGAAAAGAUAACGAACGUCGUUUGACUGGAAAAUGCGAAACCAGCAGCAUACACGAUUUUAGCGCCGGCGUAGCCAAUCGUAAUGUCAGUAUUCGUAUACCUCGAGGCGUUGCCGAGGACAAGAAAGGGUACCUUGAGGAUAGAAGACCUAGUAGUAAUUGCGAUCCGUACUCGGUGUGUAACGCUCUCGUUCGUACUUGCGUUCUUAACGAGUAAAGAAAUAAUGGAUUUCUGAAUAUGAUGCUUAGUGGAACGGAAUAAUUGGACAAAAAAUCGGUAGUGCAAUAGAGUGGUUGAACCUUCGUUGAACGUGUUCCGUGCAGAUUGUAAGCCUGUUCGGUAUAAUUGAUUAUUCAUAGUGAGAGAAUACAAGAUCUGAACGAGAGAUGAUGUAUACGUAUUUCAAGCGAGACGGAAUCGUUCAAGGACCAUCGAUCAUGUUAUAAAUAAAAUUGCUUUUAAAGGGAGUUCGUGUUAGGAGGAAGGGAAAAUAAAUAAACUUCUUUCGUAUUGUUGAUCCGUGUCGAUCUGAAAUCGCAUAGGAUAAAUAGCUAGAAAUUUAAAGAGUCUCGUGUAAAAGCGAAUAAAAGAAAGCACAAAGUACAGACGAGACGAUUGAUAGGAAUAAUUGUUUGCUUUUGUCACAAUCAUAUCUUUUAAUAAAUUGUUGCGAAUUGAAUGAUCUAUAAUUUAUAUUUCAUAUUUCAAAACAGUGCAAUAGGAAUGGUUAUUUUUUAAGAUAUUUACUAUAAAUGUAGCGGUUAUGAUUAUGUUCAUCUAGUACAUUUGAUGAUAUUAUGGUAACCGUGGCGAAAAAUAAAACAGAUUAUCCAUUAUUAUUUCUUUUAAUUAAAAUUGUGAUGUUUAUUAAAAGAAAAAAAGAAAUAUAUAUUGAUCCUGUACAAAUAAGGUAAAUAUAUUUUUUGCGACAUAUUAGAUUUUACAAAACAGCUUAACGAUUUGAAAUAGUUCAAUCGUUUUCGCUUCUACGAAUUUAAGAUAUUAUCUAUGUAUUUAGAAUAUUAUUGAGUAAUUACAAAUAAGUUGUUAUUUUAAAAGCUUUAAAAAUAUUACUCUUAGGAAUUACUCUUUCUUGGGGCAGCGUCGCCGCUGGAGUUUGUGUAACCCAGAUCAAAUCUAAUAUUUCAUAAGAGCAUCUAGAUCCUUUAUAAUAAAUUUUCGACGUUAAUUAAACGCUAUACUUGGACUAACUCGUACCAAAAUUUAAUUCAAAACUAAUUCACCAGACGUGGUGAAUCAUCACUAAUCUGAAAUUAAACUAAUACAGCUCAUUGAUCUAGCCAUCACGCAGCUAAUAAGGCUAGAAUAACUUUACAUAACAGUAUAAGUUAAAUAAUAUAAAUAUAUAUUAGGAUAUUAAUGAAAAAAUGUGCCAUAAGAAUUUUCCGUUCUUGGAAUUACUGUCAUAUUUACAGUAUGAUUAUAUAUUCCAAAGCCCUAAAAUAUCACGUUUCAAAAUUCUAAAAUUCCGAGAUCCAAGAUCCAAAAACUAAGUUGAAAAAUUUCAAGGUCCCAACGAGGAUACAUGGGAAUAUAUCAAAACUUGUUAAAUGUUUGGGCCCCUGAAGGUUUUAAUACAGACCCUUUGGCCCUCGUUUUUUUACCAAUAUACUGAAAGGAUCGAAACCGAAUAUAUUUAGAAACCAUUAUGAAAUACAAGACUAGGAACAAAUGCUCUGUUUACCCAGCGCUAACGGCGAUAUUGCCUUAGGAUUUUCCAGGAGUUAACUGUGUUCUUGCGAAGAUACGUUCCGACGUUUUAUGAAUAUUGCAGCUGGUUUCAUCAGAACAGAAAUUCACAGACACACUGAUAUUGAUAAAUUAAAAAUGAUAUAAGUUGUAUACAUAAUUUCUUUCACAGUUUGUUUUAAAACAUUGAAAAACAUAGAAUCCAUUAAAUUUCGGUUAAAUUUUUUCGUUAAAUCCGUUAAAUUUUUGUCACGGUGGUGUAACCUUGAUUUAUAUGCUAUUUAUUUUUCUAAAUUGACAUGUACUCGUUAGAAUAGAAUGAAAUGAAAUGUGUAUAACGUACAGGAUGUUGCACUGAAAUAUAAUACAUAUCUUUUGGACAA